UCCACUUUAUUCAUCUAGACUGACCCAUCAGCCCACUUAAACUUCGGUGUGCCUCGGUCAGCCGCGGUCCGGUAGUCGUCAAGAUUCGGCUAUCAAUCCGGAGCUUGACUUUUUAUCUUUUAAACAAUCCAUACCGUCCGAUUACCGUCCGAUACCGCGCGAUUGCGACCAUGGCGCAAAAGUUACCUCCGUUGAGAUUCGUACGAUCGGUCUUGAAAUCCUUUAUGGCCGAGUCCGGUUUGGAGCCGAGACUUUUAGGGCCUCACCUUAGGAUUACCCAUGCCGCCGUCGGCAAGGUUGAUUUUGAGUUGGAUAUCACGAAAGACCAUACUAACCGACUGAAGAUGUUACACGGCGGCACAAUUGCUAGCAUGGUUGAUCUGGGGGGCUCGCUUGCCGUCGCAUCCAUGGGGCUUUACGCUACCGGCGUGUCGACAGACCUCAACGUCACGUACCUGAGUAGCGGCGGCAAGGUCGGCGACAAGAUUACCGGUACAGCCAUUUGCGACAAGAUGGGCAAGACAUUAGCUUAUACGUCCGUCGUUUUUAUAAAUGCGAAAGGCGAGCUCGCCGCUAGGGGAAGCCACACGAAAUACGUCACCCAAGCUUGGAAAUCUCAGGAAACCCCAUUCGUACCUCCCGAUAACGCCGAGAUAGAGGAUGAGUGAUCAGAUUUAUCAGUUCGAUAUGAGAUGGAAAUAACGGGUGAAAUGGUAUUUUAAGACCUGGAUCUUUAGAAUUAGAGAAUAUCAUCAUUUAUGACAAAUGACAACUGAUGAGCGGCGGUGUGAUUAAAAU